UCAGCAAAGAUGAAAUCGUUUUCUCACCUCACAGAAUCACACUCAUUCCCUUUCUGGAAACAACCCCAAUUCUGUUCCUUUUGGCCUUUUCUUCUCUUCUCUUCUCUCUUGGUGCAGCACAGUGUUUGGCUAUGGCGUUUGCUCAGUACUUGCUAGCUGUUCCCGUUGAGACUUCAACUCAUCCAAAAAUCACGAUCCUCAACUCUACCGCUUCUUCUUCUUCUGCCGCUUCUUCUUCUUGUUCUUCUUUAUAUUUCUCGUCUUCAUCUAAUUGGUCUAAGGCUCAAAAACUCUCUUUCUUUCCUAAACUUCAAAGAAUCGGACAUAAAGCUAAAGCUAUGCCACAAGAAUCUGAAGUCAGUUUAGCUGCAGAUGCCUUUACUCAUUUCAAGCAUCUGCUUCUGCCAAUCACAGACAGGAAUCCUUAUCUUUCUGAGGGCACAAGACAGGCUGCUGCUACAGCUGCUGCAUUGGCUAAGAAAUAUGGGGCUGACAUCACUGUUGUGGUUAUUGAUGAAAAGGAGAGAGAGUCAUUGCCAGAGCAUGAAACUCAAAUGUCUAGCAUUCGCUGGCAUCUAUCUGAAGGUGGAUUCCAGGAAUUCAAGUUAUUGGAGCGGCUCGGCGAAGGGAACAAGCCCACAGCCAUCAUUGGUGAUGUUGCUGAUGAACUGAACUUAGAUUUGGUAGUCAUAAGCAUGGAGGCAAUUCAUUCCAAGCAUGUGGAUGCUAACUUAUUGGCUGAGUUCAUCCCUUGCCCUGUCUUGCUUUUACCGUUAUAAACCCAGCGUUUUUCCCAGGAGAAGAAACCAGCAAGUAUACUGAAAGUGUCAGUUUUCUCCUGGUGGGGCUUUUAGUUUUGGUCUAGUUUUUUUGUUUCUAGUGUGAGUUAUGUUUUGUGGAUGGCUUGGGUUGACAAAGGCAGUUUUUUGAGUUUCUAAUAGUGUGGGGUUGUGAAUAGGUAAGCCUAGUUAACCCUGGGGAAAGGGGUCAAGCCUACUCUUGGUGGUGUUUUUGUAAUUUACAUUAGAUGUAACCUGUGAUUGGUUAUUUUUUCUAGCUGCUGAUGUUUGGGAGUUGUUUUGCAUUCAACUUUGAUCAUCAGACUUUUUCCAGCUAAAAUUUCUGUAGCUUUUAUAGCCAGGGUUGAAGUUGUAGUACUAGUACAUGGUGGGCCCAAUAUGGAGGAAUUGGAAUACCUCCAUUUUUGUUUCCUGGCCCAAUGGGCCUUUGAUUAUAUUAAAUGCACAUUAGUGGUAUCUUUUAAAACUUUAAAA